AUGCGCCUUCCACUCUUUUCUGUGCUCCUCGCACUUCUCUCAUCGACGAAGGCCGAUCUUACCAUUUACGGCGUAUUCGGGAAGACUACAACAGUGCCUGUACCAUCGGGCACCGACAUUCCAACCACGACAACCUCCUUCGUGACCACAAGCGGACCCGCUCGUUUUACAUCCCUUGCCGCAUACAACGAUGUUUACCUACUGCCGCCUCCGAUACCAAGUCCGGCACCUUCUACGGCGUUCACUAUCAACGUCCCCAACAGCGCCUCGAACGUCGUUGGGCUGUCGAUACCUCAAGCAGGCACCUUCUUCGGGUUCUCGAUCGAAAUGUCCGUUGCAACCCAGCUCAUCGGGACGAACUCGACACGGCUAUUCGUUCCUUUCCUCAACCUCAUGGCGCUGGUGGUGGAGAGGGUGGGCGCGGUGCACGUUCGUGUGGGCGGUAACACCCAGGAGACUGCAUCCAUGGUCGAUUCGUUCCCUGAUGGGAAGAUCAUGGAGAAGGAUAAGGAGGAUGCGUCCAACCCCACAUCCACUCCCGUUUUGGACUAUACGGUAGACCUACUGUAUAUGCUUGGCAACGUAUCAAGCUUGGUGAAUGUGAAGUGGUACCUUGGCAUACCCUUCAACGAUACCAGCCACUUGCGCCUGGAGAUCGCAGAGCACGGCGAAGAGAUCCUCGGCGACAACCUGAUUGGCUUCCAAGCGGGGAACGAACCUGACCUAUACGGCGCGUUCAGUCACGGUCACCGUAAUGCGUCUUAUAGCCCGUGGGACUAUUUCGGCGAGUUUUCGCAGUUCACGCAGGGGUACGCCAGCGACACGAAGAUAACAAGGAAGAAAUCGCUCAUUGCACCGAGCACCCAAGGCGGGAACUGGCCCGACCCCCUGAACCCCACUAACAGGCCGAUGGGCGCCGAAGCUGUGUGGAACACGGGAUUCGUUCAAGUAUACGACGAGUACCUUUCAGCGCUCUCCGUCGAACACUACCCGAACGAGAACUGCGCCGAUAUCUUCCCGGGAGACAGCGAGCCGCUGAACCUCAUCGCACAGCUCGCCCCGUACCUGACGCACAACAACGGGCUGGGCCAGGUGCAGCCGCACCUCAACUCCACGAUGCUCGCACAGACGUGGGGCAAGCCGUUCCUGAUGUUCGAGACGAACACGGCGUCAUGCGGCGGCUUCCCCGGCAUCAGUGAUGCAUUCACCUCGGCGCUCUGGGCCGUCGACUAUGCCCUGCAGAUGGCGAACAGCAACUUCACUGGAGCCCUCUUCCAUGCAGGUGGGCAGAAUGUGACCUACAAUCCGUUCACAGCUGCUCCGACAAACGAGUCUUCAUUCCACCAGUGGACGGUCGGCCCGAUCUUCUACUCCGCCCUCGCCGUCGCAGAAGCGCUCGGGUCCACGAACACCUCGCGCGUCAAAGACCUGUUCCCGAACAACGGCAACGAGUUCACGCCCGCGUACGCGAUUUACGAGAACGACCAGCUCGCGCGGAUGAUGCUCGUGAACUUCCUCGACGACCCGAGCGGCGCGAACGACUAUACCGCGACCAUCAACGUCGGCGGCCAGCAGUUCGGCGAGGGAAACGCGGUCCCGGCUCAGGUCAAAGUCAAAUACCUGCUCGCCCCCUCGGUGGCGGAAAAGCAGAAUAUCACAUGGGCUGGGCAGACUCUCGGUGGCCGUUUCCAGGUCGACGGGCGGCUGAAGGGCACAGAGGACGUCAAGACCGUGCAGUGCGACCAGACGGCAAACACCUGUCAAAUCAGGGUGCCCGCGCCCGGUGCCGCGCUCGUCUUCAUCUCGGACACCGCGCAGCAGCAAGCGUCCGCACCCGACAGCGCAUCCACCUACGCGACGACGGUGGUGACGAAGACGAAGAACACGGCCACCGUCGACCCUGCCGUGAUCGCGACGUCGAAUGGACAGAGCGGGAAGAACCGCGGUAUCGGCGGAACGAGUCAGGGUGGCGAGAACGGGGCGGUGGGCAGACGCGCACCCGCCGCUACGUCGGCGCUGACUGCCAUGCUUGUCGCGGGGCUGUCCGCGUCGCUGUCUGCUCGUCUGCUCUGGUGA